AUGUGGAGGAGGGAUGCGGGAGGCGUUCACGUCUGCAAUGCUUGCGGUCUCUUCUUUCGCAUCAAUGGCUUCAACCGACCGGUGUCUAUGAGAAGAGAUGUGAUUCGGACCCGAAAACGACGCGAAAAGGAUUUAAUGCAAUCCUCGCCAGAGGAGAGCGGACUUAACCCCAACGGCCCGCCGGGUCUGGACUUGUCAUCCAUAGAGCUCUCAUCGCUGAGCGCCGAUCCGCACAUCAAACUGGAGUCCGAUAGGGAUCUGACGUCGACAUCAUCGACACUGUCCUCUCCGUCCACCUCUUCAUCGAACGAGUCGUGCAAUUCAUACAACUAUAGCGAUCAUCAGCCAAACGACUGGACACCCCAUCAUCAACACGAUGUCAAUCCACUCACGUAUAUCUUCACGGAGUCCAUGGAUUACUACAACCCGGAGCACACGGCCAUCAGUUGAAAGCACACCUGUAGUGAAGUAUUUCGUGAAAUCAAUCUUUUAUUUUGUUGUUUUUGUUUUUUAUUUCUCCGAAUCGGAUAACAGAUAUUCAUUUAUCUGCUGUCCUUUGAAUCUCACAUUAAAUCUCAAUUAAUUUUAUGAAAUAUAUAUUAUUUUUAUCUGUCU